UCCCCAGCGGCUGAAUUUUCCAGCCACGAAAUGGACAGCGAGUCACACAUCAGUGAGACCAGUGACCGAAUGGCUGACUUUGAAAGCAGCUCCAUCAAGAAUGAAGAGGAGACCAAGGAGGUCACCGUCCCCCUGGAAGAUACGACCGUGUCAGAUAGCCUGGAGCAGAUGAAGGCUGUCUACAACAACUUUCUCUCCAACUCCUACUGGUCCAACCUCAACCUCAACCUGCACCAGCCCUCCUCGGAAAAGAAUAAUGGCAGCAGCAGUAGCAGCAGCAGCAGCAGCAGCAGCUGUGGCAGCGGGAGCUUUGACUGGCACCAGAGUGCCAUGGCCAAGACCCUGCAGCAGGUGUCCCAGAGCCGCAUGCUGCCCGAGCCCAGCCUCUUCAGCACCGUGCAGCUGUACCGGCAGAGCAGCAAGCUCUAUGGCUCCAUCUUCACAGGGGCCAGCAAGUUCCGCUGCAAGGAUUGCAGUGCCGCCUAUGACACCCUGGUGGAGUUGACGGUGCACAUGAACGAAACGGGGCAUUAUCGCGACGACAACCAUGAGACCGAUAACAACAACCCCAAGCGCUGGUCCAAGCCACGCAAACGCUCCCUGCUGGAAAUGGAAGGGAAGGAAGAUGCCCAGAAGGUGUUGAAGUGCAUGUACUGUGGCCACUCCUUUGAGUCCCUCCAGGACUUGAGUGUCCAUAUGAUCAAAACGAAACACUACCAAAAAGUGCCUCUGAAGGAGCCCGUCACUCCUGUCGCAGCCAAAAUCAUUCCUGCUGCUCGGAAGAAAGCUUCACUGGAGCUGGAGCUCCCCAGCUCCCCGGAUUCCACGGGUGGGACCCCCAAAGCUGCCAUGUCGGACACUAACGAUGUGCUUCAGAAGAACUCCAACCCUUACAUCACGCCAAAUAACCGGUACGGCCACCAGAACGGGGCCAGCUAUGCGUGGCACUUUGAGGCCAGGAAGUCCCAGAUCCUGAAGUGCAUGGAGUGUGGCAGUUCCCAUGAUACGCUGCAGGAGCUCACGGCCCACAUGAUGGUCACAGGCCACUUCAUCAAGGUCACCAGCUCGGCCAUGAAGAAGGGGAAGCCUAUCAUGGAGACCCCCGUCACGCCCACCAUCACAACACUGCUGGAUGAGAAGGUGCAGUCUGUGCCCCUAGCAGCCACCACUUUCACGUCCCCCUCCACCACUCCUGCGAGCAUCUCCCCGAAGCUCAGUGUGGAAGUCAAGAAGGAAGUGGAAAAGGAGAAAGCCGUCCCUGAUGAGAAACCCAAGGAAAAGGAGAAGCUCAGCGAGGAAGAGGAAAAGUACGACAUCUCUUCCAAGUACCAUUAUUUGACUGAAAAUGACUUAGAAGAGAGCCCCAAGGGGGGACUAGAUAUCCUUAAAUCCCUAGAAAACACAGUGACGUCCGCCAUCAACAAGGCCCAGAAUGGCACCCCCAGCUGGGGGGGCUACCCCAGCAUCCACGCCGCCUACCAGCUCCCCAAUAUGAUGAAGCUGUCCCUGGGCUCAUCAGGGAAAAGCACACCCCUGAAACCCAUGUUUAGCAACAGUGAGAUUGUGUCUCCCACAAAAACCCAGACCCUGGUCUCUCCGCCCAGCAGCCAGACCUCACCCAUGCCCAAGACAAACUUUCACGCCAUGGAGGAGCUGGUGAAAAAGGUCACCGAGAAAGUCGCCAAAGUUGAGGAGAAGAUGAAGGAGCCAGAGGGCAAGCUUUCCCCUCCCAAGCGAGCCACUCCAUCCCCCUGCAGCAGCGAGGUCAGUGAGCCCAUCAAGAUGGAGGCCUCUAGUGAUGGGGGCUUCAAAAGCCAGGGGAACAGCCCUAGCCCCCAGCGGGAUGGGUGCAAGGAGGGGAGCCCCCCGGCAGAGCCAGUGGAGAACGGCAAAGAGCUGAUGAAGCCCUUGACUGGUGGCUUGAGUGGCAGCACGGCCAUCAUCACUGACCACCCCCCAGAACAGCCUUUUGUGAACCCCUUGAGCGCCCUGCAGUCGGUCAUGAACAUUCACCUGGGCAAGGCUGCCAAGCCCUCCCUGCCUGCCCUUGACCCCAUGAGCAUGCUCUUCAAGAUGAGCAACAGCCUGGCUGAGAAGGCGGCAGUGGCCACCCCACCGCCCCUGCAGUCCAAGAAGGCGGACCACCUCGACCGCUAUUUCUACCACGUCAACAAUGACCAGCCCAUAGACUUGACAAAAGGGAAGAGUGACAAAGGCUGCUCUUUGGGUUCAACAUCUGCCGUCGUAUCGUUCAUGUCAAACUCGCCGCUACGCGAGAAUGCCUUGUCAGAUAUAUCCGAUAUGCUGAAGAACUUGACAGAGAGCCACACGUCAAAAUCCUCCACUCCUUCCAGCAUCUCUGAGAAGUCUGACAUUGAUGGGGCCACUCUGGAGGAGGCCGAGGAGUCGACGCCUGCGCAGAAGAGGAAGGGCCGCCAGUCAAACUGGAACCCCCAGCACCUGCUGAUUCUCCAGGCCCAAUUUGCUGCCAGCCUGCGGCAGACCUCGGAGGGGAAGUACAUCAUGUCAGACCUGAGCCCCCAGGAGCGGAUGCACAUCUCCAGGUUCACCGGCCUCUCCAUGACCACCAUCAGCCACUGGCUGGCCAAUGUGAAAUACCAGCUGCGAAGGACAGGUGGAACAAAGUUCCUCAAAAACUUGGACACUGGCCACCCCGUGUUCUUUUGUAAUGACUGUGCGUCACAAAUCAGGACUCCUUCCACAUAUAUCAGCCACCUCGAGUCACACCUGGGUUUCCGGCUACGGGACUUAUCCAAACUGUCCACCGAACAGAUUAACAAUCAGAUAGCACAAACCAAGUCGCCAUCAGAAAAAUUGGUAACGUCCUCCCCUGAGGAGGAUCUGGGGACCUCCUAUCAGUGCAAACUGUGCAAUCGGACCUUUGCCAGCAAGCAUGCGGUUAAACUUCACCUUAGCAAAACACAUGGGAAAUCUCCGGAAGACCACCUUCUGUAUGUUUCUGAGCUUGAGAAGCAGUAG